UUGGUGCCGUUUUUAUCUUUUCGGCGUCAUGUAUGACAUUUAUAGCACCAAUUGCAGCAAAUACUGCAGUUAAAUAGAUCUGUGGUGUCAUCUAAGUAUUAUGUUAGCUUACCUAACGUGAAUGAAUAAACUGUUAAAUAUAUUCUGAUUUUUACUUAUUUCUGAAAUAAAUAUAAUUUAUACAAGAUAUUGCUUUAAAUAUCACAUGUAUUUAGUUGAGAUACAAUAAUAUGGAGCCACCCACAACGGGGACUGGUUCCCCUGGCCUGAUGAAUACAGCUCCCUUACUGCCACCACCUAUGUUGAGUGGUUUGCCUCCAAAUAUGCCAUCAGUUGCUAUGCCUCCAGUACCAGGAUUGCCACCCAACAUGUCAGGAAUACCACCACCGAUGGGAUACCCUCCAAUGAUACCACCUUUUUCAAUGCCUCCACCAGGAUUUCCAAGUUUUAAACCUGAUUUAAGUGCUCCAGCCCCAGAAAUAGCCCCAAUGGCCAACCAGACCAGUCCUUGGUCGGAGCACAAGGCCCCUGAUGGACGAACAUAUUAUUACAAUUCUGUUACUAAGCAGAGUCUGUGGGAAAAACCAGAUGAUUUGAAAACACCGGCUGAAAAACUUUUAUCAUCAUGUGUAUGGAAAGAGUAUACAACGGAUGCUGGAAGAGUCUAUUAUCACAAUAUAGAAACAAAGGAAUCCAGUUGGGUGAUUCCUAAAGAACUUCAAGAAAUAAAAGAUAAAAUAUCUGCUGAGGAGACUGCACAAGCAGCGUUAAAUGGCGAUAUUCCGCCGGGUGAGGUCCCACUACCGGGAUCACCAGCUGUGCCCAUGUCUGGGGGCAGUUCUGCUUUAGAUGAGGCCAUGGCGAAAACAUUAGCAGCUAUUGAUCCUUCAUUAGCAACUUCAAUACCAAUUCCAGAAGACAUUAAACCUGAAGAAAUAACAGCGCCGUUACAAGGCACUAUUGUGGAUGACGUUGAAAAACCACCUGAAACACAAUAUAAGGAUAAGAAAGAAGCUAUAGAGGCUUUCAAGGAGCUGUUGAAAGAUAAAAAUGUACCAUCAAAUGCUACUUGGGAGCAGUGUGUUAAGAUUAUAUCAAAGGAUCCCCGAUAUAUGACUUUCAAGAAACUUAAUGAAAAGAAGCAAGCAUUUAAUGCCUAUAAAACUCAAAAAUUAAAAGAUGAAAGGGAGGAACAAAGAUUAAAGACCAAAAAAAAUCGUGAAAACUUGGAAGAAUUUUUGUUGACUUGUGAUAGAGUGAGCUCUAUUACUAAAUAUUACAAGUGUGAGGAGAUGUUCGGUAAUCUUGAGAUUUGGCGAUGUGUGCCGGAGUCUGACCGAAGAGAUAUAUUCGAAGACAGUAUAUUUGCUAUUACUAAACGGGAGAAGGAAGAAGCAAAAGCUUUGAAAAAGCGGAAUAUGAAAAUGUUAACUCAAGUAUUGGAGAAUAUGAAUGAAAUCGUUUAUAGCAGCACUUGGAGUGAGGCCCAAGUCCUUUUACUAGAAAAUUCUGCCUUCAAAAAUGAUGUCAGUUUAUUGGGAAUGGAUAAAGAAGACGCAUUAAUAGUAUUUGAACAGCAUAUUAGGAAUCUAGAAGCAGAAUAUCUACAAGAGAAAGAACAGUUAAAAAAACGCAAUAAGCGACAACAAAGAAAGAAUAGAGAUAAUUUCUUGGCUCUACUUGAUAGCCUCCAUGAAGAAGGGAAACUUACGUCGAUGUCAUUAUGGGUAGAAUUAUAUCCAGUUAUAUCUGCAGACAUUCGAUUCUCUGCCAUGCUUGGUCAAAGUGGCUCUACACCGUUAGAUCUAUUCAAGUUCUAUGUUGAAAAUUUGAAGGCCCGUUUCCAUGACGAAAAGAAAGUGAUUAAGGAGAUAUUGAAAGAGAAAGAAUUUGAAGUGAAACCAGAUACGACAUUUGAAGAAUUUGCGACGGUUGUGUGUGAAGACAGCAAGUCUGCAUCUCUCGAUGCUGGCAACGUCAAGCUUACAUACAACUCACUUUUAGAAAAGGCGGAAGCAAGGAAUAAAGAGAAAAUUAAAGAAGAAUCAAAGGCGCAGAAAAAAAUUGAGAGCGCUUUCAAAUGGGCACUCAGCGAUGCCAACAUUGACCACCAACUUUCAUGGGACGAGGUCAAGGAGAAAUUGGAUCUGACGGCGGCUGAGUUUAUGGCCGUGCCAAAAGAGGAAGAUCAGAUUAGGAUAUACAAGGAUUACCAACAUGAACAAGAGGAAAGCUGCAUGCACUAUCAUCAUCCGAAAUCGCGCAAGUCCAAGAGAUCAAAGAAGAAGAAGCGUUCACAGACCUUUUCGACUUCAUUGUCAAAGUCGCGAUCACCGUCUCCAUCGCCGGUGGUGCAGUCUCCGUCGCCGGCGCCCAGCCACGCCACUUGGUCCUCAGAGGAAGGACGCAAGCAUAGAAAAUCUAAAAAGAAACACCGCAAACAUUCACCAGUUCCAAAAUCUCCGACACCAGAAGAAGGUGGUAUAUCAGAUGACGAACCUGUGCGCCAUAAGAGUAAAAAAUCGAAACGCAGUGCGCCGAGCAGCCCUGAACCUGACCAGGAACACGAACAUUCUCACAAACCAAAGAAGAAGAAGGAGAAGAAAGAGAAAAAGGAAAGGUCGGCUGGUACUGCUGCGUGGAGUGAUGCCGAGCUUGAGUCGCAGCGCGCCGCCCUGCUUGCUCAGCUGCACGAGCACGAAGCCGACUGACGUCCCCUUCCUCCCCUCCACAUACACAUAUUCAACGAUUACCCACGGCCCGGACCACGGACGCCCACCACCGUUCCCGAUCCUGAUCCCGAUUCCGAUCCCGAUCCCGAUCCCGAUCCGGAU